AGCAUGGCCUGUCCGUCCGGCCCCUUUUGCAGCGCUCAUCUGCCCCGGGAGUGCGGCGCGGCUCCUCGCACGGAGAAGAGCUCCGAAUGGAGACGGACGCCAGCCAGCCCGGCCUCGCCUCCCCGGACUCCCCGCACGACCCCUGCAAGAUGUUCAUCGGGGGCCUGAGCUGGCAGACCACGCAAGAGGGCCUGCGCGAGUACUUCGGGCAGUUCGGCGAGGUCAAGGAGUGCCUGGUGAUGCGGGACCCGCUCACAAAGAGAUCCAGGGGCUUCGGCUUCGUCACCUUCAUGGACCAGGCCGGCGUCGACAAGGUCCUGGCGCAAUCCAGGCACGAGCUGGACUCCAAGACGAUUGACCCGAAGGUAGCGUUCCCCCGCCGAGCGCAACCCAAGAUGGUGACCCGAACGAAGAAGAUAUUUGUGGGUGGUCUGUCAGUGAACACUACUGUGGAGGAUGUGAAACAAUAUUUUGAGCAGUUUGGGAAGGUGGACGAUGCGAUGCUGAUGUUCGACAAGACCACCAAUCGGCACCGAGGGUUCGGGUUUGUCACAUUUGAAAGUGAAGAUAUUGUGGAAAAAGUGUGCGAAAUCCACUUCCAUGAGAUCAACAACAAAAUGGUGGAAUGUAAAAAAGCACAGCCCAAGGAGGUGAUGUCCCCAACAGGCUCGGCGAGAGGGCGGUCCCGAGUGAUGCCAUACGGGAUGGAUGCCUUCAUGCUCGGCAUCGGCAUGCUAGGCUACCCGGGCUUCCAAGCAGCCACCUAUGCAAGUCGAAGUUACACUGGCAUUGCACCCGGCUACACUUACCAGUUUCCUGAGUUCCGUGUAGAGCGGACCCCUCUCCCGAGUGCCCCCGUCCUCCCUGAGCUCACAGCAAUCCCCCUCACUGCAUAUGGACCAAUGGCGGCGGCAGCGGCCGCGGCGGCCGUGGUGCGAGGGACAGGUUCUACCCCCAGCCGCACCGGUGGAUUUCUGGGCACCACCAGCCCCGGGCCAAUGGCCGAGCUGUACGGAGCCGCCAACCAGGAUUCAGGAGUGAGCAGUUACAUCAGCGCCGCCAGUCCAGCCCCGAGCACCGGCUUUGGUCACAGCCUAGGGGGUCCCUUGAUUGCAACAGCUUUUACCAAUGGGUAUCACUGAAGCUGGGGACCAAGGAGGCAGGAGACUCCCCAGUGCCCACGCCGAGGAUGGCGGCUGGAGGAGCUGGUGAGCCUCGGGGAUGAGCCAAGGUUACCAUUUUCUGGAAUCAAACUGCACACUGCCGGUGGCUGCCAGGCUCCUGCCGCCCUGCCCUGAUCUCUCCCUUUGACCAGACCACACUGGACUGAACCCGAGGAGAUCAUCUCGCUUUCUUAUUAACCACCGACGGUUUACGCUUCCCCUCCCUGCCCCCCAGCCCACCAAUUCUUCUUUUAUUUAUUUUAGUAGCUGUUAGUUUUAUUUUUUUAUUUUAUUUUUUUAUCUUUUUUUUGGGGCUCCCCCUUUUUGUUGUUUGCUCUUUCCCGAGCUAGUAGACAUAUUUUAUGAAUUGGCUUUGUGAUUGUGUUAGGUAGUUUUUAUUGAGGAGUAUUUUUAUUUGGCUUUGAAACUGUUUUGAAUAUUUUCAACUCUGUUGUUGUUGUCGUCAGUGUUUUUAAAGCACGGUAUGUAACAAGAAUGCAGUUCUGAAGGGAAGAAAGAGACGCAGAAAGAGCAAAGGCUAAGAGGAACUGAUGUAUUUCUAUUUUUUUUAAAGAAAUUGUUUUUAAUUGUUUCUGUUUUGUAAAUGUGAGGCUUUGAAAAGUGUGAUCUGAAGAUCACUCCAAGAUCUGAAAAUGUUGGACAGCGCUAUGGAACAAAACAAAUGUAUAUUUUGCUAAGUGAAAAACACUAUCCUUACAGCUGAGAGAAUUUCUGUUUUCCUAGGUUUAGUUUUACGUGGGGUUUUCUUUCUCCUUCUGUAUAAUAUGUAAAUAUCGCGAGGUGACCCUGGCUGCCUCCGGCAGCCUGGCUCCGAGGAGCAGCUCCAGGUCCUGCACUUGGUGCCGCAGUGUGAGCAAUACUCUCCAGCAGAAUCCUGACAGGACUCCGUUCUUUUUUUGUACACCUUUUACUGUAAGAUUUUAAGACCUCUGACGAGAUGGAAGGUGGGGGUGGGGUGAGACGCACCGGCCAUGGGCUGUGUGGCCGAGUGCGUUAAAGCUGCUUCUGAUCGCUCCAUGUACAGACUCAUCAGUAGGCUCCGUAGUGCCAGCGUCUGGGUUGGCUUUAGGUAAAAGGGCUUGACCGCCACUGCUUGUCUUGGUUACUUUGCAAGGAAUUCACUCUCCAAACGCUAUUGCCCAUGUCACGGCUGGCGGGGAAGAGGAUGCUCUUGGGCGAGGGCAGCAGGAGGGAUGGAUGUCGCAUCGCCCCGCGCCAGGGCACAUUCCGGUGCUGGCUCUGCAGAGGGCAUGGCGCCAGCUUGGGGAGUCAUUAACUGGGAGAAAAGCAGGAGGGUAGUGAUUUGGGGGCGGGUUAAGGGCUUCUCAGGGAUUACACAAAUUACAGAAUCGCAGCUUCCCGUUUGCUUUACUCUGUGUUCCAAGAGGCGGGGGAAUCCGCCCGCUGAGCCAGUCCCUUCUCCGGAGCCUACGGGAGCCACUCUGCCCAGGGCAGCCUCCAGCAGGAGUGUCAGGGGCAGGUUUGGGUCUGGAUUAAGUGAACCAAAGACCUUGUUAAGGGGGGUGAUUAAGCCUUUUAUUAAGAUGCAGCCAAAUUCUUUUCCCAGGGAAAUAAUAGCUUCAUCUUAAGUUUUAAAAAUCAUUCCCUCUCUUCCCCCAAACUGAGCCCCUGCGAGGGAGAGGGCCACUUAGGACAGGCCUGGAAGGGCUGCGUGCCCUAAGGGCCCUUCCCUCCCCUGUGCUGCCCCUGCUGCCCCCGGAGCUUGUCCUGACCCGGCCAAUACGUUUGGAGAGUUCUGUUUAGGUAAGAGGGUACUUUACGGAUUAGUACUGAAAACACAAAGCAAUAAUUUUUGUUACUGAGACAAGAGUCUGUAUGUCUGUUUUUUUAAAUAUUUCCUAAUUAAAGAAUAGCUGCAUUUUAUUGGGUUUAUUUUUAUUCUAUAUACUUCAAAUUUGGGUCUGCGGACAGCGCUUUCC